UGACAAGUACACAAUGAGACCUAACACCCGCAACAAAAACAAGAGGCAAAGACCUUUUUCAGAUACUAUUGAUUCUUCUUCUCAAAUUCUCCGAAAAAUCUACGAAGCUAAAGAUGUAACAGACGAAGACAUAAACCAACUGUUGAUGAUACAUAAACCACAUUGUCAAGGCUCCCGCGUCAACACCCGUGACAACCCCAACUGUUUCUGCGGCCUUGUUCCACCUCCCAACGGUACCCGCAAAUCCGGUCUCUGGCAAAAGACUUCCGACAUCGUCCAAGCUCUUGGUCCUGAUCUCUCCUCGGAACGUCGUGCUUCUGACUCUACACCCGCUGGUUUAACCAAUUUGGGGGCUACUUGCUAUGCCAACAGUAUACUCCAGUGUUUAUAUAUGAACACUGCUUUCCGGGAAGGUGUUUUCUCUGUCGAAGUUGAGGUUUUGAAGCAGUUUCCUGUCUUGGAUCAGAUCGCGAGGCUUUUCGCGCAGCUUCGUGCUAGUAACAGGUCUUUUGUUGAUUCUGAUGCUUUUGUGAAGACGCUUGAGUUGGAUAACGGGAUUCAGCAGGAUACGCAUGAGUUCUUGACUUUGCUUUUGUCCUUGCUUGAGCGUUGCUUACGCCUCUCCAAUGUUUCCAAGGCUACAACUAUUGUGCAAGAUCUCUUCCGUGGUAGUGUCUCUCAUGUCACCACGUGCUUAAAAUGUGGGAGGGAUUCAGAAGCUUCCUCAAAGGUGGAGGAUUUUUAUGCCCUUGAGUUGAAUAUCAAGGGCCUUAAAAGUUUGGAUGAUAGUUUGAAUGAUUACCUUAGCUUGGAGCAUCUCGAUGGUGACAAUCAGUAUUUUUGUGGUGGCUGCGAUGCUAGAGUAGAUGCCACACGCUGCAUUAAAUUGCGCACACUACCUCCUGUUAUCACUUUUCAGCUCAAACGAUGUGUUUUCCUCCCAAAGACUACGGCUAAGAAGAAAAUUACAUCCUCAUUUUCCUUCCCUCAAGUGCUGGAUAUGAGAUCGAGAUUGGCAGAGCCUUCUGAUAAUGAGUUGACAUACCAACUCUCUGCUGUGUUAAUCCACAAAGGAAGUGCUGUGAACAGUGGACAUUACUUUGCUCACAUAAAAGAUGAAAAGACUGGCUUGUGGUGGAAAUUUGACGAUGAGGAAGUUUCAGAAUUGGGUACACAUCCAUUCAAUGAAGGCUCUUCUUCAACUCCAAAGUCCGAGAGUAAUGGUGCCUCUAGUAGUGGGAACACAACAUAUGCCAAUCAAUCAGGCUCUUCUUCUAUUAAGUCAGAGAUUUUCUCAUCCAGUGAUGCUUAUAUGCUGAUUUAUAGUCUCCGAUGCAGUAAAAUAGAAAGCCGGGAAGGACAAAGAGGAAAUCCUAUUGACAUAGCUAACAGAGAUGUUGAUGGUGUUCAACAGCCUGGAGGUGGUUAUCUUCCACCACAUCUCGAUAAAUGGAUCAGUGACCUCAACGCAACAUUCCUUGAGGGUUGCAAGCAAUUUGAUUUAAGAAAGGAAAGAGAAUUGAAUACUUUGACUGAAAGGAGGCAAGAAGUACGGACAAUACUUUCAGAAGCUGCUGUUCAGUCACUUGAAGAACAAUAUUUUUGGAUCUCCACCGAUUGGCUCCGUCUAUGGGCUGAUACCAUCUCGCCACCCGCUUUGGACAACACCCCUUUACUGUGUCCCCACGGGAAAGUUCUUGCCUCAAAAGUUACAUGCAUGAAGCGUAUAUCUGAACUUGCAUGGAUUAAGUUAGAAUCAAAGUUCAAUGGUGGACCAAAGUUAGGGAAAGGGGACUACUGCAGGGAAUGCCUUAUGGAUUGUGCUCGCAUGGUUGUCUCUUCUGACAGCUAUAGGGAUCGAAGAACAUUCAUGAAAAGCAUAGCAAGCGAUGUUCUUACGGGAAAAUAUGAGAACGGACGUUACUACGUCUCUAAAGCAUGGUAUGUGUUGCAGCAAUGGGUAAAAAGGAAAAACCUUGAUGCUCCCAGUGAAGCAGAUGCAGGCCCCACUAAUGCAAUCACGUGCAGUCAUGGGGAGCUGAUGCCUGAGCAAGCUCCAGGGGCCAAAAGGAUUCUAGUUCCAGAGGAUCUCUGGUCAUUCGUUGUUGAAGAUGCUUUAAAAGUGACACCAGAAGAUACUUCGGGUUGUCCUUGUUUCCCUCUGGAUUCCAGCCACUGUUCUCACUGCACAUCAGAACUUUCUGAGGUUGCUGACGUCGAGGAUGCAUUAAGAACAAUAAAGGCCAAUCAGCGCCAAAACCACGAGACGUUAGCCACGGGAAAGGGUAUAGCAUUAACGCCACAAAGCCGAUAUGUCUUGUUGCCUUCUUCGUGGUUAGUGCAGUGGAGAAGCUAUAUUAACAUUACUGGAAAAAGCAGUUCCUCAGUACCAGAACCUGAACUUCUUAAUGGAGUCAUUGAUACUCUCAAGUGCGAGAAGCACACACGACUCCUGGAAAGGCUUCCUGAACUUAUCUACAGACGUGGCUCAAUUUUUCAGAAAAACCCAUCUACGGACAAGCUGACAAUCAUCCCUGAGGAUGAUUGGAAAUAUUUCUGUGAGGAGUGGGGAGGGAUCAUGGAGAAAGGAGUCUCUGCUUUUGUUGAGGCUGGUAAUAACAGAAACGGAAGUUCAUCUCAGGAUAUUGACCUUGAGAUGGAUAUGGACAUUGAUAGUCAGCAGCUUAUUCUUAGGACAUCCCCAGAGGUUUGUGAGGAAUGCAUAGGAGACAGAGAGAGCUUUGAGUUGAUGCAGAAGCUCAGUUACUCUGAAGGAGAUGUAUCUGUAUCCUUGGUGCGUGGAAAGGAAGCACCAAAGUCAAUGUUAGAUUCAGCUGACUCCAUGUUUGAGGUGGAACGGCGUACCUCAAAGCGCUCACGGAGGACAAACUAUGGGAAGCAGACCAGCUUGAGAGUUUCUGCAACAAUGACUGUGUACCAGUUAAAGAUGAUGAUAUGGGAAUUACUUGGGGUGAUGAAGGAGAACCAAGAACUUCACAAAGGCACACAAGUGAUUGAUCAGGAAUCUGCAACCCUUGCAGACAUGAACAUAUUCCCUGGCGACAAGCUUUGGGUGAGAGAUACCGAGAUACAUGAACACCGCGACAUUGCUGAUGAGAUAUGCGAUAAGAAGACGGUGCAUCAAGAUAUCGAAGCAGGGUUUCGCGGGACGCUUUUGACUGGAGAUAUCACUUCCGAAGCCGGCUAGUAAUUCUAAGUAGAGUUGUGUAGGAGAUGGGUGGCAGUUUUUUGGGUAAAGGAAACGGUUUUGAAGUUUUACUUUGUGGCAAAUAUUUGGUGUAUUGUGUUACAAAACUCUUCUAUGUUGAUGAUCAAAUCAAACCAAAUCAAAUCAG